UUUUGGACCCCUAUCACAAGCAGCCAGUCUUCUAAAUACCUCCGCUGAAAAGCCUCCACACAACUACUUCCUGUCAUGGACAAACAAGGCCGGGAAUUAACAUUCUUGCACUCCGGCGAUUUUCUUCGUCAGAACACUGGUUUAUCUGAUCGCUUAACCCACAAUUCCGUCGAUACCGGCAAGUCCACCAUCAAAGAAGUGGAUUUCUUCUCAAGGGAUAGGACUGAUGAUAAAAUUCAUUGUGAUCAAGAGAUAAAGGAUGGGUCAUCUUCAGCUCCUGUCGAUUCCGCGGUAAACACUGGACUGAAUCUCCUCACUUCUAGCUCUGGAAUCUUAGAAACAGCAAAUGAAAACAAACCCAAUAAUGAACUGAAGAAAUUACAAGCCGAGUUGGAUAGUCUGCACGAUGAGAACAAGAAGCUCAGACGCAUGUUGGAUCAGAUUACUAAAAGCUACAAGGAUCUGCAAGCUCAGCUAAUCAUGGCAAUGCAAAAACAGGCACAAGGGAAUCGGGGAAAGCAGAAGGGAGAGCAGAAUGGCAUCUCAAGUCCCAUUAUGUCAGCCCAACAGUUUAUGGACCCACGCCCAUCUGCCGCAUUAGAUGUCAACGAUACUUCAGUAUCUGAUGAUAAGGCACAGGAUGUGUCGGUAUCUCCUACAAAUACUACAGAGGCUAUGUCUCAGAUAAAUCCAGGAAAACAAGCUUCGACAGAAGAUGGUCUUGAUCAGACUUCCCAGAGUUGGGGAUCUCCCAAGAGUCCGAGAUUAGAACAAGGAAAGGGCGAGGAGCAGGUCCCUGAAGUCCCUUUCAGGAAGGCUAGAGUGUCUGUGCGAGCGAGAUCUGAGGCUCCUCUGAUCACAGAUGGAUGCCAGUGGAGAAAAUAUGGUCAAAAGAUGGCCAAGGGCAACCCUUGUCCGCGUGCAUACUAUCGUUGCACCAUGGCUGUUGGAUGUCCAGUUCGCAAGCAGGUGCAAAGAUGCGCAGAGGACAAAACCAUUUUAAUAACAACAUAUGAAGGAAAUCACAACCACCCACUUCCACCAGCAGCUACAGCUAUGGCUAAUACUACCUCUGCUGCUGCAGCGAUGCUUCUCUCAGGUUCCACUACAUCCAAAGAAAGCCUACCAUCGAAUAAUACCUUCUUCCCUUCUUUACCCUACGCGUCCACAUUGGCUACCUUAUCUGCGUCUGCACCAUUUCCCACCAUAACCCUCGACUUGACCCAGAGCCCAAACCCCAUACCUUUCCUUCGUGCCCCUCCAUCAACCACAUUUCCUCUUCCUUUGCAUGGCUGUCCACAACUGCUAGGCCACCCUAUGUAUGUCCCACCCAAGGUACCAGCAGCUGCAAUUCCAUCGCUGCAAUUAGGGCAACGACAGGCUUCAAUGGUUGAGACGGUGACCGCUGCCAUUGCUUCUGAUCCAAAUUUCAGGGCAGCCUUGGCAGCGGCCAUCUCCUCAAUUAUUGGUACACAGAGGAGCAAUGACGGAACCAGUAGUAACACCAAUACUCCUAACGGGGGUAUACCCGUAUUGCCUGGAUCCCCACAACUUCCUCAAUCUUGCACGACUUUCUCCACUAACUAGGGUUAAUGUUUUUCCUUGAGCUUUGUGUUGAAGUCAUUGGCGGAUAACCGUGGAUCUUUGUGUGGAGAGUUGGCGAUGGGUGCAACGCGGGCAUAGCGAUAAAUUUUGGCAUACUUGAGCUAAAAUUAAUCUUAAAAAGAAAAAUACUAUGAUUCCUGUGUAGAUGAUAUGUAAUAUGUAUAUAUAUAUAUAUAUAUAUAUAUAUAUAUAUAUAUAUAUAUAUGGUGUUUAAUCAAUUUGGUGUGAAUGCAUGUAAAUUUUACAAGCGUUGUUACUUAGUAGGGUAAGCUUUUGAAAGCUUAGAGUGGAGUGUAAGAAUGAAGUGGGUCUGCGAAACUAUAAUGCGAUGUAUUUGGUAAAAUGAUAUGGAUACAGCAGAUGUAAAAAACUUGAUGAAGUACAAUGAAGAGAUACUUGAUGAGGGAAGGGCAUUUUACAAACUUUUGUCUUUGAAUUUUGUGUUGUAAUGUUAUUGUGUCGUAAUGGAAGGAUGGUUCAAUGUAAUUGAUAUUGGAAAUUAAGCUUUAUUGUUACUGAGUUACAAGAAGCAUACAUGCUUUAAUACAGAAGCUUCAUUAAUGUUA